CCACUCCACUCGAGACCGAAACAGGGUUAAAACGUUACACACCGGCAAUAAGCAAUAACUCGUUUGGACGUCUGUCUUAUUAGUUUCAGUUUCCGAUACGAAGAUUGUGAAAUCAUUUGUAUUUUAACGUUCAUGGUUGUUUUUUCUAAUUGAUUGUAUAUCCCUUAAGAAAUUCACCAUGAGCUGUAGUUUUAACGGCCAAAGGAGCAAAGAUGAUGAACUUACCAUUAUGUUUUCAGAAGCUAUGGAUUGGCAAAGUGUUGCAACAAAGUCAUCAGAAGAUGUUAUUAUUUAUCCAGUUAAUGGAGGACAUCGCUCUGGUAGCUCACAGAUCAAAGUAAAAAACAUUGUAGAUUCAUCCUGGGACAAGGCAUUCCACUGGGGAAACCUAGUUGCCACUCAUUACAAGGGCCAAUAUUUUGCAUAUGCCCUAACUGUUCCUGGUAAAUCAGCUGGAAUGGUCCGUGUAAUAAGAAGUGGAAGCAGUGAUAGAAUUCUAUUAAAAGGAUUCCAUGGCUUUGUUAGAGAUCUUUCAUUUGCCUUCCACGAAAAAAGGAUACUUGUGGCAGCUGUCGAUGAAUAUAGUUACCUUUUGGUCCAUGAAAUUGUUGGAUCAACUGCUCAAUUGAUUUUGCAAGUAAAUCCCGAUGGAAUUACUACUUCCAGUGAUUGCCACAGAGUGGUAUGGUGCCCUUAUGUUCCAGAAAAUCCCAAAAGUCUUGACGAAGCCAAUGACGGUUGGCGAAAUGAUGCCGAUGAUCAUGCAUUGAUGCUUGCAUCAUCACAUGAAUGUCGUGUGGAAAUAUGGCAUCUGGGUCACAUCAAUGGCACAGUCACUUAUCCCAGUGUGACAACCGGAGCCACCCAAAUUACUUCUUUCGAUGAUGCUGUGGUUGAUAUAGCAUUUUCCCCGGACUCGACUGCGAUUGCAGUCGCCAGCCUUGAUGGCUAUGUCAGAUUCUUUUUGGUGAAUACAAAAAAAGAGGAUCCCAAAAGUCUGCACAAAUGGCAACCUCAUGAAGGCAAAAGACUAUCGGGUAUCAUUUUUUUGGAUAAUUUAAGCCAUCCAAACAUCAGAGAAUGUCCAUUGUGGAAAUGGGCUGUUACAUCUGCCGAAAACAAUACCGAGUUCAAGCUAUGGUCCUGCGAGUUAUGGAAAUGUCAUCAGACCAUCCGUUUCAAGUCGGAUGAUAACACACCCAUUGUCCAAAAGAUGACACUUGACCUGUCAGCAUCCUACCUUGUCAUAUCUGAUAUUCAUCGUAAAGCCCUUUACGUGAUGCACAUAGAACAAGAACAAGACGAAAAACAUGCAUUGUCUGAUGACGGUGUUGAUGAUUCUCUUAAAACCGAAGCACCGACCGUCUCUAAAGUGAGCAGCAUCACCCAACUAUUGCUACCAUUUUCAGCUAUUAGCGUUGCCAUCCGUGAGGCCUCCAUAAGACCACCUUCCCAGCCCAUGGGCGAUGAAGAUUUCGAUGGAGACGAAAAGGCUACUAAAGUAAUAGUGAAGAUGUUAAUCGUGCAACCCAAGUCGUUGCAAAAAUGCAAAGCCGUCUUCGAAUUGGGUACCUCAGUCCCUUUGGGCGAAGGCAUUGGAACUUCAUUCUCCACGAUCAACACAACUUCAGAGUACGAACCUGUAAAUGUAGUUAAGACAGCAGCAUCUACCACCAAUCAUAUCAACCUGUUGACGCCCGAUGCUUUCGUUUCACCGGCCAAAACAAACACUGACUCUCAGAAGCAAUCAUUAGUGACAUCACCCGUCACGGUGAGUCCUUUACCACCCGCACCCAACGAAAUUUUGGCACUGUCGAGCCCACGCCGCCCAACACCUGAGGUCACCUCCUCCACUACACCAAAACGGAACGGUAUCCCCAGUGGAGGUAGCAGUCCCAGUCGUGAAGUAGAAGAAAUCUUGGGCACAAGACCUCUAACAGAAGGCUCCAUUGAGUCGCCUGAUACUUCUUCGGCCACUGUCCCUACCGGCCCGGCUCUUCAGGACGCCUUAUCGGCCUAUCCAAUCGCUUUAUCACCGGCUUUGGUGCGUACAGCCUCUGCCAACAGUAAAGGAUCUUCCCCCAUAAUGGACAAACCUAAUGCACCAUCUGUUCAGGAACCGCUAUGCACUUACCCUACUUCCGCUGUUGCAGCUCCUUCUACUCCCUCUUCCAUAUCUGCGGAUUUAAACGGCAGUUUGCUGGAAUUGUUUAAAGAAGUCCUUGUCGUUGAACCGCAGGCUUCGACAGCACAACCCACAUGGCCAUCCGUUCUUCCACCGCUGGGCAUUCAGCCAUUGCAACGGCCUAAAGAGCCAGUAGCACGUGAAACGGAUGCUGGAAACUCUGCUCAAUUGCAAAUGAUGCAGCAAUCGCUCGAUCAAUUGGUUCAACUGGUAUCAGCCCAGCGAGCUGAACAGCAACAAUUGAAGAACGAAAUCGGCCAAUUGAAGUCAGAAAUGACGCGAAUGCAAUCACCCGCAACUGUCCAGCCGUCCUGGAUUGCCCAAAUGGAGUCUACCCUUGCAGUUUAUUUCGAUAGGCAAUUAAAAAAAUUGGAUGAAAUUAAUUCUCCGUCCAAAACUCAGCAGUCGGUGUCAAAACUCCAGUCGACCAUCCGGUCAGAGUUUGAGAAUAAAGCGCACACUUUAGAGCAAAGGAGUGUCGACUUUAUUCGCAAAGAAUUGCAGUCGGUCAUUGCGAGCGAGAUGAACAAACUGGAACCUGUUCUGAAGAACACAACGCUUCAAUUACUGACGCAGUUGUCGCAAAACAAAACCAUCGUCGAUGCCUACAGCCAAGCGACUUCUUCGGCAGCCGUAUCGGCCAUGAAUCGCGGAUGCAAGGAAGCCAUUGCAUCGCAGUUGCUUCCGUCAUUGGAGGGCUCAUUCCACAGUCUUUUCACUCAGUUGCACACCACUUUCUCCAAAGGCAUCGCAGAAUGUGAGCAUUCAAUUAGAAAUGACUAUUCAGAAAAGAUUUGCAUCACACGUCAUUUCAAUACAAAUAACGUUAUCUACCCAGUCGUGCGCAAUAUCGAGAGCAACCUGGAACGACAUCGAAGGCUGCAGGACAAAGAGUCGACCGCCCAACUCAACGCUACCAUGGAUAAGAUAGCCGUCGUCCUGGAUCAAGUUCGGCAAUCCAUUUCAACCGAUACAAAGACGGAGUUGAAGAAAAUAUCUAACGAAUUCCCAGAAAAAGUACGAAUGCUUUUGACUCCUGUGAUCCAAUCCGAAAUGCAGCUCGCCAUUAAGGAUCAGAAAUUGGCGUUAGACGGAGCCAUGAUGGCAGUUCACGCGGCACAAAUCCAGUCACGCGCAGUGACGCCCGCAGUUGUAGAACUAACGCCAGCCGAACUUCAAAUCCAAUUGAAACACAUGAUUCACGAGGGACGAUUAUUCGAAGCUUUUCAAAGGGCGCUGUACAUGAAUGACUUAAGCAUGGUGAUGUUUGUUUGCGCUCGAGUUGAUGCGCAGAAACUCUUUUCGGUUCACCCAUGUGUCUUUCCGCCACAGAUCUUGUUGGCUUUGAUCCAACAGCUUUCAGCAGAUCUUGGCACAUCGACGGAACUGAAAUUAGAGUAUCUUCAAGAAGCCGUCAUGGCCGUGAACUUUCGAGAUCCUCAGAUUAAGGAGCACGCACCCAAGGUGAUGCCUCAACUAGUGGCAAACUUGCAGGCCCAGAUCGCCAACAACCCAAGUGGUCCUUUACAACGUCAAUUGCGUUUGUUAUUGCGUUGCGCAGUUCCAUUGACCAAACCGGAAUAACAAAAGGGGUCAAACGAAACAAUAUCUUCAUGACGUCAACAAAAUAGGGUGCGCAUGUUUUUUGUUUGUUUUCUUUUUUUUUUCUUCUUUUCACGCGUAUAGAAUCGGUUUCGUUCAUUUGCGUUUGUGCAUCCAUCCCUCAUUUUCAUCGCUGCACAAGCUCAAUUCUUUUUCUAGAUAGAAAAUAAGAAAAGCCAUGCAUUACUUAACUGUGGAUAGCAGCAUGGCGCGGAUCGUCGUGACGUGUUUGUGGGUUCGAUUGCUAUUGGGAAGGAAGUCUGUAGUCUUAACCGCUUGUUCCAAGUUUUGUUGAUUUAUCAUUCGAUUCUUUGCCUGCAUUUUUCUCCUUUAUCUUUUUGUCCCCCAUCUUGAUUUCUUCUUUCUUUUUUCGCACAACAAAGAAAACAAUUAACUUGGAGGCGAUGCCAUCUUUAAACUGAGAAAGACGUGAAAAUAAUAACAACAAAAAAUACAAGGAAAUUCAGUAAGA